AUGCCUGGAAUGGAUGAAGAGGCGCCAAUGUGUUGGUGUGGCAAGGCUGCUACAAUUCGAACCUUUUGGACAGAUUUGAAUCCUACGAGGCGAUUUUCCAUGUGUACAGCAAAGGCAUGGUUUGAUCCGGCCAUGUGUGAACGGUCAAAGACAAUGAUUCCUGGGCUUCUAAAAUCGCGGAAUAAGCUGGAGAAAUCAGUGGCAAAGGAAAGACAAAGAGAAAAGGUCAUUUUGGGUGUUGUUGGUGGCUUCUUGGUUUCUAUUUACAAGCUUAAUUUCGGGAGGGAUGUGUGA